AUGCCACUACACCUCCUCGGCAAAAAGUCAUGGAACGUCUACAACCCCGCCAACAUCGCCCGCGUCAGGGCCGACGAGGAGGCCGCCGCCGCCCGCGAUGCUGCCGCUGACCAGCGCAUGCAAGACCUCGACGCCGAGCGACGCGCUGCCCUACUAAGGGGCCGGACACCCCCGCCGCUGCCUGAAGAGCCCGCCACUCACAGCGACCGCACGCGCGCCAGAGAAGGCGGGCACGACACAAAGAGGAGGAAGCUCGCAGGGGAAGAUGACACCGACAUGGACAUUCGCUUGGCUGCGUCCGUGGCGAAUCCAACCCACGGCGACCACACGGACGCAAAGCUUCUGAAGCUGCGCACACCCACGAGCGAUGCACCCUUGACCGACCAUGCCGGCAACAUCGACCUCUUCCCCGUCGACGUUAAGGAAGCCCUCAAGCGUGAGAAGAAUGCAGAUGCCGAAAAGGAGAAGCGCAGGAGGGAGCUGGCUUUCGAGGACCAGUACACCAUGCGCUUUUCGAAUGCCGGCGGCAACAACGGCUUGCAAGAGCCAUGGUACACGGCUCGUCAGAAGAUAGCCCACCCCACGUACGCAACCACUGCUGCACCUGAGUCCUCAGGCUUCGACACUAAAAACGUCUGGGGCAAUCAAGACCCUCGUCGCAAAGAACGGGAGCAAGCACGCAUCUCCUCCAACGAUCCUUUUGCAUUCAUGCAGAAAGCCCAGACACAGCUGAAAAAGUCGAAACAAGACAGGAAGAAGUGGUCAGACGAACGCAACCGCGAGCUGGGAGAGCUCCGAGAUGCACAGGAAAAGGAGGAAAGAGUCCAAGCCGACAUCAAGAUCGUCAUCGCCAUCGUAGACACGCACAUAGUCGGUCCUCUUCAUCGCGACAUUACAGGAGUCGAAGCCCUAGUAGCCGGGCACGACAAGACAAGCACGUUGACACAUGACCAACAAGUAAUCCAUGAGCUAUAUACAUCUGGCAGUUUCCCCAAUCAUCAGGUCAAGCCGUACCCCCAUUAA